CAGCUGACUUUCGGCCUAGUCCGCUUCAUUCAUGUUCCCAAAGCUAACGUUACUUGACCACAUUGCAAUCAUGAUCAAUAUGAUAUGACUAAGACAUAAUGACAAACACAAGUACUUGCCUGCCAACUGCAAAAUGUGUGCUGAUUCAACUGACCACCCAUUAGAAGGCCUUUUCGCACCGAUGCUGCGGCACUCGAUAAGAUACUCUUUUUCUGUGUUUUCCGGAUCAAAUUCUAUGAUCCAGUUAACGGGGACUAUACUAAGUGCACCUUUAUCAUUUCCCUUUGACCAGCUAACAAGAGCGAACUUCAUUUUCUCCUCUCACCGACUACCGACGGCUGCCACAUGCAGAGAAUAGAGCGGAGGAUGGUGAUAACCAAUGAUAGUGACUUGUCGUUCUUCGCGCCCAUUAAACUAUCGUGUCUAUGGUAACGAGUAGCUCGACCAAUCAUUGACGUUGCUUUUACACUGUAGGAUUCUGGGUAAUGUUGCAAAUCUAUUUUUUUCCCGCUUCUCUUGGUUAAUUUAACGUUUUAGUCUUGAUUUACUAUAAUGUGCCCACCGUACAAAAUAUAGGGAAAUGGAUGGGAUAUUUACCUCUGGAAACCAAGCGAGACGUCGAUGCUGCGGUCUUUUUUGAUGCUGUGGAGGGUUUCGUCUUUUCGUUGUUCCAUCGUUUCAUCACUCCUCCAGAAGAAGAGAGGCAGGCAUGGACCGAAGGAGAAGGAAAUACACUUCCCCAGAUUCAGAAUAUGAGAUUCCAUCAAGAACAAGGAGAUACUGGAAAAGGAGGAAACUGAUUGAGGCCAUCAACGUGCAUCAGUCAAACCAGGAAAUGCAGAAACUGGAUCAGGAGUCCUCUGACUUCGACUUUGACAAUGGCUCAGAAGACGAACAUUAUGGUUGUGGGAUUACUCAGAACCUCAGUCAGGAAUCUUCUGACGACAGAGCUGAAGGCGAUGACAUCGAUGGCGAUGACGUUACACAGAAACUGGAUCAGGAGUCCUCUGACUUCGACUCUGACAAUGGCUCAGAAGACGAACAUGACGGUUGUGGGAUUACUCAGAACCUCAGUCAGGAAUCUUCUGACGGCAGAGCUGAAGGCGAUGACAUCAAUGGUGAUGACGUUACAGUAAGUAAUUUUAACAGGCCAAUCUCACAUAUGAAUUCAGUGUCUUUGAACUUAUAGGAACUGUAUGUAAGAUUUUGGCCAAAUACUGGUACUGUAAUAACAAAUUCAACAGAACAUAGCAUGCUCUACUCCUCCUCCCAGACAACAUUUUGCAAGCUAGGUUGCCAAAAUCAGAGUGGUGGAGGGUGUCACAACAGGCCAAAAUACAGAAUAUAUGCAUAGUAAACACAUGAUGACAACGUAAACACAAGUUGAGGGCUGCAAAUUCACUUUUGUAAUGCAAAUAUUAAGGCUGGAUUACUAUUGUCAGUGAUAAUAGUAUUUUGAAUUAUCAUGAUUCCUUAAUGUCUUAUGAUAUGUCAGGGACAUUUUAUGAUUAAAUUUCUUACACACGGUUCCUUUAAACUAGUUUGCUUUCUUUUUUUCACAGAACCUGAUGAAUAUAAGAGUUAUUUUUACACUUUAUACACA